CGAAGCUGCUCGCCAGUGACGUCACGUCGCCGCUUCUCGGCGUCCGCCGGCCCCUCCCACGGCUCCCCCCAGUUCCCGAACCGAACUCCGCCUCAGUGCACCAGCCGAGGGCAGCAUCACCAUGGUUGAUGACGCCACCAUGCGGAAGCUGGAAGCCGGCUUCAAGAAGCUGCAGGACGCCACCGACUGCAAGUCGCUGGUGAAGAAGUACCUCACCAAGGAGGUCUUCGACAGCCUGAAGAACAAGAAGACGUCGUUCGGCUCGACUCUUCUGGACGUCAUCCAGUCGGGCGUGGAGAACCUGGACUCGGGCGUCGGCGUGUACGCGCCGGACGCCGAGGCGUACACCGUGUUCGCCGACCUCUUCGACCCCAUCAUCGAGGACUACCACGGCGGCUUCAAGAAGACCGACAAGCACCCGGCCAAGGACUUUGGCGACGUCAACAAGGUUGGCAACGUGGACCCGGAGGGCGAGUACGUCAUCUCGACCCGCGUGCGCUGCGGCCGCUCCAUGCAGGGGUACCCCUUCAACCCGUGCCUGACCGAGGCCCAGUACAAGGAGAUGCAGGACAAGGUGUCCGGCACGCUCAACAACAUGGAAGGCGAGCUCAAGGGCAAGUACUACCCGCUGGCCGGCAUGACGAAGGACGUGCAGCAGAAGCUGAUCGAUGACCACUUCCUCUUCAAGGAGGGCGAUCGCUUCCUGCAGGCGGCCAACGCCUGCCGUUUCUGGCCCACCGGCCGCGGCAUCUACCACAACGACAACAAGACCUUCCUGGUCUGGUGCAACGAGGAGGACCACCUGCGCAUCAUCUCGAUGCAGAAGGGCGGCGACCUGGGCCAGGUGUACCGCCGCCUCGUCACUGCCGCCAACGACAUCGAGAAGCGCGUGCCGUUCUCGCACCACGACCGCCUUGGCUUCCUGACCUUCUGCCCGACCAACCUGGGCACCACCAUCCGCGCCUCGGUGCACAUCAAGGUGCCGAAGCUGGCGGCCGACAAGGCCAAGCUGGAGGAGGUGGCGGCCAAGUACAACCUGCAGGUGCGCGGCACGCGCGGCGAGCACACUGAGGCCGAGGGCGGCGUGUACGACAUCUCCAACAAGCGGCGCAUGGGCCUGACCGAGUACGAGGCCGUCAAGGAAAUGCACGACGGCAUCCUUGAGCUGAUCAAGAUCGAGAAGUCGCUGUAGGCGGCCGACCGCGCACCGGCCGGAGAGAGGGAGAGUCAAGAGAGAGAGAGAGGGGGCGCGCGCCGCCCGACCGCUCGCGGUCGGGCGCGCCGUCCCGUGCCGGGUCGCAGCCGCCGGGCCGAGCUCGGCGGGCGGCGGGCGCUGCGCGAAUCCAGGCGUGGAUCGCAGCCCGCCGCCGCCGCCAUUGCUGUGAACGUGUGGAGUGGCGCGGCUGGCCAAUAAAAUUUGAUCGUCCA